UGUAGUCCGUUUACGCCCCAGCUAACUGGGCUGAAGGCGAGUAACUAUCGCCUCUAUCCCCAUUUGCGGAGAAGGCGAGUAACUAUCGCCUCUAUCCCCAAAAUUUCGGAUUUUUGUUUCAAAAGCGGCAAGAACUCCACACCAUUUUGCGGAUAUCUCGGCCUCUGCUCGACGAAAUGCGCCGGACGACCACCCAGCGCUGGGGGCCGCGCCGCCGCACUAACCAGACGUCAGGCUCCGGCGGCGGAGGGGUCGACCGCCUCAGCGCCCUCCCGGACGCCCUCCUGCAUCACAUCAUGUCUUUCCUGAAGGCGUGGGAGGUGGUGCCCACCUGCGUGCUCGCGCGGCGGUGGCGCCACCUCUGGGAGUCAGCACCCUGCGUCGACCUCCGCAUCCGCUACAUGAGCCGCGACGGCGACCCACCCCAGGAGUUCCGUGACUUCGUGCACCGCCUCUUCCUCCUCCGCGACGUGUCGGCGCCGGUGGACACGCUCCGCCUGCAGCCCAGCGACGAGGAUGCUGGCUUCAACGAGGAAGAUGCCAACAUCUGGAUCAGGACUGCUAUCAAGCACAAUGCGCGGGUUAUUCAUCUUGCUGGGCAUCACAAGAGAGCCGCGUCGUUGGACCAUGUGCCCUUCGUUUCGUGCCACCUCAAGAUCUUGAAGUUGUCGUACACCAGGCUCGAUGACAGUAUCCUCCGACAGCUUUCUGCUAGUUGCAAAUCCUUGGAAGAACUGGAUCUGAAGGAUUGCUUGGUGACAGGCUCUGGGAUUGUGUCCGCCUCUUUGAAGACCUUAAUCAUGCUUAAGUGCAAGUUCAAUUCGGGCUUCUCAAUUGCAGCUCACAACCUCGUAGUUCUGCGCCUCAUCACACCUUAUGUCCAAGUUCCGUCAUUUACGAAUUUCGGGUCACUCGUCACAGCCACUAUCUUACUUGAUGACCAUUUCUUGAGCAAUGAAUUUGAACACAUCAGUGAUAAAGAUGACUGUGAUGAAACUACUGAUGAUGAUGACAAUGAUGACCUGAGGGAAAACUAUAGGAUUCAUGAUGGCUCUUCCUUGAGUGAGGAUGAUUUUGGAUACUUCGGUGAUUUUGAUAAGUUUGGAUAUGGAUAUGGUUUGCCUAAAGAAAGAUAUGGGCAGAAUAGUUACAAGGAUAAUUAUAAUUAUGGUAGCGAUAUUGAUAGUGAUGACAAUACCUCUAAAUACAGUGAGAUUGCAAAUGAUGCAAAGUAUGGCUACAAAGGUAAAGGCAAGUUUUCCAGUGCAGAUGGUAACUAUGGAAAAAUCAGUGGUGGAAAUUAUGAUAAUAUUCUAGGUGGACAUCAUAUGCUAGAGAGCCUUUCCACAGCUACGAGUUUGGAGUUGUUAACUGAUGCUGGAGAGGUGGUUUUUAGUAGGGAAAUGAGAAGGUGCCCGACUUUUAGCAACCUGAAGACCUUGUCCCUUGGUGAAUGGUGUAUGGCCGCUGGUUUCGAUGCAUUAAUUUUCUUGCUACAGCAUUCACCUAAUAUAGAGAGGCUCUUUCUCCAACUUAAAUUGAACUUCAGCACGAGGAAGGCAUUGGAAACAGGUGUCGAACUUCAGGGAAGAUCAUUUACUUGCAAAGACCUUAGAAUGGUGAAGAUCAAAUGUUCAAAGGACGAUGGAAGAGUCCAUACCUUGGCACAUAUGUUCAGGUCAAAUGGUAUACCGCUAGAGAAUAUUUAUGUGCGUCGGAGCGGGAAUGCUUAUCUCCGUGGCCAGAAGUUUAUGAGGGAGCUCGCCAAACAAGAACUGGAUGAAUGCGGGGACGACUGGAUGUGACAUCCAGAAGUUUAUGAGGGAUGUUCUAGGUAUUAAAUCAUGCCAGCGAUCGAACCAUCCCUCAUGUAGUUAGCAAGGACCUAGUGAGAAACUGUGAUAUCCACGAAGCGCUGAUGAUGCUUUCAAAGCUUUGACGGAUCUUUUGAUCCCCUUUUUUUGGUAGCAUGGAUGAUGGAACUGUGUAUGGUUACAAACCGUUGGAAUGUUCUUCCUAGAAUCCUGGUGGGGAUAUGUUUAGACUACAAACUAGUACUCCCUCCGUCCCAUAAUAUAAGAGCGUUUUUGACAUUAGCGUAGUGUCGAAAACGCUCUUAUAUUAUGAGAUGGAGGGAGUAGUUCAUAUGUGUGGUCUGUAAUAACUUUGCUUUCUUACCGGAACAGAAACAUAAUUAUGGAUGCUCCUUGCCUGAACUGUGGUGCAAUGAGAUACGCUUUGUUAUAUUA